AUGGCAAUCCGAUCCAACGGCCUCAAGAACUGCUUCUCUGCCGAAGCAUGCACCACUCGCAGCAAAUCGCCUUGCAGAACCGGCCUCCGGAGUGGAAGGGCCAACUCAGCGACAGCGCCGCGAUUCUCCUGUGCGGUGGGCGUCUCGGUGCUGCUCUCACCACGCAGCUGGCCUCCUCGCCAGGCUGCAGGACUCUUGGGUACAACAGGGCGCUGCCGCGUCUUUGACGCUACAGCAAGCGGAGCCGUGCCCGGCGAGGGCACUGCAGCGGCUGUGCUCUGGAGGAAAGCAGAUGAAGAGCAGGAGGGUUUUCUGGAGGGCACGGCAAUGCAGCACGUGGGAUGCGCUGCAAGCUUGACUGCACCAAGCUGCCCUGGAGAGCAAGAGCUGCUUUGUGAAGCUCUGCGCUCCGCGGCGGUGGCGCCCAGUUCUCUUGAUUCAGUGGAGCUGCACGGCUGGUGCCGCGUGCUCGAUGACGGUGUCGGGGUCGUGGCCGCUGCUCGUGCGCUCGAGGCGGGCAGCCGCGGUGCUGGAAAG